AAAACCCUGUGUGUGCCCAGAACAAGCUCCAUUCCCCAACAUGGAGAGUCAGAGAGUCCAGUCCUCAUACAGGAAGCGUUUUGGGCCCCAGGGCUCAAGCAGCUCUGGAGUCAGAAUCGGUGGCCUUUCUUCCAGCCGCCUCUCCUGGCAUGGCACCCCUCGUAAUCUCACCCAAUCCAGCCCCAUAUCGCGGAUCUCCCUGGGUUCAAGCAAUACAGCCCUGCUGCUGGGGAGCCCUGUGGACCGGCUGGACUUCUCAGCUGACUCUCUGUUGAAGGCCCAGUACAAGGAAACACGAACUAAUGAGAAGAUGGAGAUGAUGGGCCUGAAUGAUCGCUUUGCCAGUUACAUAGAGAAGGUGCGCCUACUGGAGCAGCAGAAUAAGGUGCUGGUGGCAGAGCUGAACCAGCUGAAGGGGAAAGAGCCAAGUCGACUGGGAGACAUCUACCAGGAGGAGCUUAGGGAACUACGACGACAAGUGGACGGUCUCACCACUGGCAAGGCUCGACUGGAAAUCGAGAGGGACAACCUGGCUGCAGAUCUGACCACACUUAAGCAGAGACUGCAAGAUGAGAUUGGCCUGCGACAGGAUGCAGAAAAUAAUCUAAAUGCCUUCAGACAGGAUGUGGAUGAGGCAUCUUUAAAUCGUGUCCAGCUAGAGAGGAAGAUCGAUGCCCUGCAGGAUGAGAUACAUUUCUUGAAGAAAAUUCAUGAGGAGGAACUGCGUGAGUUACAGGAGCAGACCCUGGCCCAGCAGGUCCACGUUGAUCUAGAUGUGUCUAAACCAGAUCUGACUGCUGCUCUGAGAGACAUCAGGGUCCAGUAUGAAAACAUGGCCAGUUCAAAUAUGCAGGAGACUGAGGAAUGGUACCGAUCCAAGUUUGCUGACCUGACAGAUGCAGCCAAUAGAAAUGCAGAGGCCUUGCGCCAGGCCAAGCAGGAGGCCAAUGAAUAUCGCCGUCAGAUCCAAGUGGUGACCUGUGACCUGGAGGCUCUUCGUGGUACAAAUGAGUCUCUGGAACGCCAGCUCCGGGAAAUGGAGGAGCGCUCUGGCAUGGAAACAGCCGGCUACCAGGAUACAGUGAAUCGUCUGGAAGAAGAGAUCCAGGCACUGAAAGAGGAGAUGGCAAGGCACCUGCAGGAGUACCAGGACCUCCUCAAUGUCAAACUGGCUCUGGAUAUUGAGAUUGCCACAUACAGAAAGCUCUUGGAGGGAGAGGAGAGCAGGAUCACUAUUCCAGUUCAGAGCUUUUCCAACAUUCAGUUUAGAGAAACUAAUUUGGACACUAAAACUCCAGAGGCCCAUGUGAAGAGAAGCAUCCUGGUUCGAACUGUGGAGACCAGAGAUGGGGAGAUCAUUAAGGAAUCAACCACUGAACACAAAGAUCUUCCUUAAAGUUCCAAGACCAGCUCUUCAAUCUUUUCCUCAUUCACUAUCUGGGGAUUCUGAAUACACAUUUUUGGAUAUUGCUACAAUUUUUGUUUGUUUGCUUGUUUCCAGAUCCAAAAGCUAUCCCAUCAGAUUCACUGCAUCCCCAUCUUUUCUCUCUGCCAUCGCCAUUACCUCCUGGCAACUUUUUUUAUGGCAACCAUAAAAUAACCACCAAUUACACUUAGACUCCCUCUUAAUAUUUCUGCUGAAAAUAUCUAGGUUAGGUUUUUGUACAGCUCCACCAUAAGCUUGAGUCAUUGUUAGAUUAUUCCAGUAAAAACUAUGAAUAAGCUGUUUUAACUUUAACAGGUGUUUUUUUUUUAGCAUUGAUUCUGAUUAGCUACCAUAGAAAAGACAUAGAGUCAUAGAGUUAUGUUUAGUACAUAGCAUGGUGGAGGUUGAUGCAUGGUUAUGUGUAUGUGAAAUGUGGCAAGUGAAGUACAGGAAGGAGCUGCAGAUGCAGACAUCUGAACUGGAUUUAGGCAAGUGAUACGUGUAUGUUACUGCAGCUUUGAUCAAAACAGCACGUGAGUCUGAGUUGUUUUGUUUUUUAACCCUCUGUCUGGUUCUAUUCUAAUAUUUCAUCCCUUUGUUCAUUCUAGCAGCCGCGUCUGCUUGUGUAUUGUUUAUUGAAUGUAAAGUCCUACACACGUGCAUAGUUGGUGUUGGGUGGAGCUAUGCGGCAGGUUUUCUGAUAUCAUCACAUUUUAUCUACAUUGCACUGAGUGCCCAAACAAGCCUGUUAGUGCUGCUCUGAGGACUUAAAACUGCACAGUCAGAUGGGAAUACAAAUAAAUGUGCAGAUACAGCACAUGAUGGAGGAUCUAUGGUGAUGUCUAGAGUGUUCAUUCCCGCCAUAAAAAGUGUAAGUGAUUAUCAGCAUCAAGAUUUGUGUUGGGCCUUGAAAAUUUCCUCCAUCACUGUACCUCCACUCUUCUGUGUCUUCUGUAACAUCCUCUGUCUCUUGAAUGCAACCUGAUAACAGGACAAGUUUUUGACACCAGGAUUUGUCAUGACAUGCCCACUUAUAAAGUAGCGAUAACAGGGACAGACAGGCCCAGUUUACAGGUGUGGAUACUGACACGACUUUUGCCCUCCAGCCUCGACCAAGUGUCAGCCAGUUCCUUUAUUUGGGAGAUAGCAAAGGAAGACGCAGAGAGAGGACCAUGCAGUUGUUUUAAUAACCUCUGACAAAUAUCACAAACUGCACUGCAGUGUUGUUUUUCUUUUUUUGUUUUGAAUGGGAGGAAUUUUUUUUUUUAAAGGCCGAAAUGAUAGUUGGACAUCACAGUUCAAACACUGUAAUCCAAACCCCAACUUUUGAUGAAACUCCCACUGACUGAAGCAGUGCUGACAGGACCUGCCACUAACGAGAGCGCUGCUACGCCAAAGCUGGCUGUGUCUGUGCCUGUCGCCAAGGACACCAUGUGUUCAUGCCUACCACUCUCUACACUCUGGAACCUUCACCCCCAACCUUCAGUCUCUUCUCCCUUUUCCUGUAAUAACACAUAGCAAUCUGUUGUUUGCUUUGAUUUUAUUUGUUUGAUUGUAUGUUAAAUAGAUGUUUUUGGUCCUUUACUCAUUAGAAACCUCUGCAGAUGUGAAUAUAACAUUAGUUCAGACCAGUGCUGCAAGCUAUAAUGUUAUGUUAACAACAAUAAAACAUUUUGUUUGCUGAUG